GACAGGAAAUGGAGACGCGCAGCGUGCGUGUCUCCUCAGCAGCUGCGGGAGACAAGAAUGGGACCAGGAGCACAUUUUGUGGGUUGCAGGCGAAGCGGCGCGUGAAAACAUCGGGACAGCGGCUACUUUAAACCAGAUUUUACUGUAUGAUAGCUACUAACUCACACUGUAAUAGGAGUUUGUUUUAUUUUAAAUUUUUUUAUAUUUGUGUUCGGCUGAGAAGGGGGAUAAUCACUCCUACUGGAAGAGAGAGGGGACCCUCUUUGUGAAUCCCAUUCCGUUGGGAUAAGAUCCUGGCCGCAGAGUGAAGUGGUGGUUUUGUCUGACCUUUAACCUCAGCAGGAAGAAGGAGAAGCCACUUCAGAAAUGGAGCAGGUGUCCGACGACGAGCUGGACCAUGGAGCCGAGGAGGAGGACAGUGACAAGGAGGACCAGGACCUGGACAAGAUGUUCGGUGCCUGGCUGGGCGAGCUGGACAAGCUCACACAGAGUCUGGAUGAUGGCAGGCCACAGAAAGCUCUGCAGAAGCCUCCUCUGAGGCAGGAGACCAACAUAGCCAACUUCUCCUACCGCUUCUCGAUGUAUAACAUUAACGAAGCUCUGAAUCAGGGGGACACGGUGGACCUGGACGCUCUGAUGGCUGACCUGUGCUCCAUCGAGCAGGAGCUGAGCACCAUCUCCAAACCCAAUUCCACCUCUCGCAGCCAGGGCAAAAGCCAGCAGAGGGGCCUCGGGGGCCGCAGUGCCAGCUCAAAGCACACCGGCACAAGUGGAGGAGGAAGCAGCGGAGGAAGUAGCUGUAGCAGCACCCGAGCGUCACCAGCCAACACCGUACGAGGCGGCAGCCUGAACGCUCGGCCCGCGGCCUCCAACAUCUCGCUGGAUGACAUCACCUCUCAGCUGGAGAGGGCCUCGCUCAGCAUGGAUGAAGCAGCACGUCAGACGUCCUCUUCCUCCUCUUCCUCCUCUUCGUCCUCGGUUUCCUCCGCCACCCUCAGACGCCCCUCCUCAGGAUCUGGGUCGUCCGGCAGCAAGCAGCACCGGAGGACCGGGUCGGUGGGCACCGUCAGCGAGCAGGACGCUCGGUCCCAGCGGUCCAGCGUUAAUUCAGCCUCAGCUUCCAGCAUGGACUCCCUGGACACGGACAAAGUGAUGAGAGGAGACGCCGAGGACCAGAGCAGUCCCAGCAAAGGACAGAACCAGACCAGCACAGAGCAUGCCACUCUGCGACGGGCCAACAGUAAGAGAGCCAGGCAGCAGCUUGAUUUCACCUCACGGGAGGGUGAAGUGGACCGGGCCACUCAUUCCUAUCUGGAUCAAGAAACCUCGCUCAUUCUGAAAAGCAUAGCAGGAAAACCUUCUCACCUCCUGACCAAGGAGGAACAAGCCGCCAAGCUGAAGGCAGAGAAGAUCCGAGUCGCUCUGGAGAAAAUCAAGGAAGCUCAGGUCAAAAAGCUGGUGAUCAGAGUCCACAUGUCGGACGAGAGCUCAAAGACCAUGAUGGUGGAUGAGCGGCAGUCGGUCAGACAGGUUCUGGACAGUCUGCUGGACAAGUCUCACUGUGGCUACAGCCCGGACUGGUCCCUUGUGGAAACUAUCAGUGAGCUGCAGAUGGAGCGCAUCUUUGAGGAUCACGAGAAUCUGGUGGAGAACUUGUUAAACUGGACACGGGACAGCCACAACAAGCUGAUGUUCAUCGAGCGCAUUGAGAAAUACGCUCUUUUCAAGAACCCCCAGAACUAUUUGUUGGGGCGGAAGGAGACGUCAGAAAUGAUUGACAGGAACAAAGAAGCUUUACUAGAAGAAUGUUUCUGUGGCGGAUCAGUGUCCGUGCCGGAGAUCGAGGGUGUCCUUUGGCUCAAAGAGGAUGGGAAGAAGUCGUGGAAGAAGCGUUACUUCCUCCUCAGGGCUUCGGGGAUCUAUUACGUCCCAAAAGGCAAAGCUAAGGCGUCCAGAGAUCUCAUGUGCUUUUUGCAGCUGGACCACGUUAACGUGUAUUAUGGUCAGGAUUACCGCAGCAAGUACAAGGCUCCUACUGACUACUGCCUGGCACUGAAGCAUCCACAAAUCCAGAAGAAGUCUCAGUACAUUAAAUACAUGUGCUGCGAUGAUGUCAGGACCCUGCAUCAGUGGGUGAAUGGAAUUCGCAUUGCCAAGUAUGGUAAGCAGUUAUACGUAAACUACCAGGAGGCCAUGAAGAGGACAGAGGCUGCCUACGACUGGUCCUCGAUUUCUACUUCCAGCAUCCGGUCGGGCUCCAGCUCUACCAGCAUACCUGAGUCUCAGUCCAAUCAUUCGGGUCACUCAGACAGCGGGGUGGACGCUGGCUCUUCUCACGGCCGCUCUCAGAGUGUGGUGAGCUCCAUUUUCUCUGAAGCCUGGAAGCGGGGAACCCAGAUGGAGGAAAACUCAAAGACGAGGGUGGAGGUGUCCCGCGGGUCGACCCAUUCCUCUCACAGCCACCGCCAACACAGCCAGCAUUCAGUGGACCACCCCAUCCUCACGCCGCCCCCGCAGCAGCCUCAGACACCGACUCCACCCCAGCCUCCGUCUCCUCAGCAGAUGCCUCAGCCGCUGUUUCCUCCUCCACCUGAGUCACCGCAGAGUCCCUGUCAGCCUCCUCUGUCUCCACCGCCGCAGAGCAACAACGGCUACUUCAUGCCCCUGCAGCAGGAGCCGCCGCCGGAGCUGACUCCUGCUCCUCCUCCUCCGCCGCCGCCACCACCUCCUCCGCCUCCCCCCCCAGCUCACACAGUGUCCCACCACACCCAGCCCCCCACCAUGUACAAGUACAGCACCAUCACCAGGCUGCAGAACCAGAAGUCCUCCGUGAAUCAUAAACUACCUGGUCACCUCUUCGCCGCACCUCACCAGGUCCUCCCCCGGACUCCGCCUCCACCGACAGCCGAGCUCAUCAAGCCCAACGUCAAUCACAUCGCCGCAAGGACUAACGUCCCGCCUCCUCCUCCGCCUCCGCCGCCACCAUCCAUGCCGACUCCAGGGUCCGCCAUGGCCGUGCUGAGGUUGGGCCCCCUCAGCCCGGUAGCUCCACCUUCCUUCAUCCCUGCUUCUCCACCCGCUCCCCAGACAAACGGCGCUGCGUUUCCUCCUCCUCCGUCGCCGCCUCCGGCGUCCUCGGCUCCGAUGACUGAAGCGGUCUACGCCACCAGGCACCAGCGGGCUCUGAAGGAGCGGUUUCCGAGCCCGCCAAGGGAACUCUUGUCUCCAAACGGAGACUUCGAGGACUCCCCACCGCCUGCUCCUGCUCCGCCACCGCCUCCUCCGCCCCCGCUUCCCCCUCCCCCUCCUCCGCCUCCUCCGCCACAGCAGUUCCCAGCACUGGCCCAGUUCCCGCCUCCUCCUGGACCCCCACCAGCGCCGCCCAAAACCUACAUCCCCGGGUUCGUCCCGCAGCCUGCUCCCAAGCCCAUGUCCCCGGUUUCUCCGUUCCCUCCUGCUCCUCCCACCGCCAUGAGCCUGGCUCCCCCGCCCCCGCCGCCUCCUCCUCCUCCUCCUCCUGCAC